AUGACGCAACUUCUCGGCCACAGCGGGCCCGUGAAUGUAGUAAAGUUCAACAACAAUGCGGGGCGGUAUUGCCUAAGUGGAGGGCGAGAUCGCAGUAUACGACUAUGGAAUCCGCACACGGCGAGCCAAGUGAAGGCGUACAACGGGCACGGCUACGAGGUGCUUGGGUUGAGCAUAACGCCCGACAACACCCAUUUCGCCAGCUGCGGGGGAGACAAGAGUGUAUUUGUAUGGGAUGUGCAAGCGGGCGCGACAGUACGCAGGUGCGUUGGACACGACAGCAAAGUGAACACGGUGGCAUUCAACGGCGAUGCCUCAGUGCUACUGUCUGGCUCGUUUGACUCUACGGUGCGCAUAUGGGAUAUGCGUGCUAGACAGCGUCUCCCUCUGCAGAUACUUGACGAUGCUUCGGAUAGCGUGGUGGAUGUGUGUGUCAGUGGCUCCAUCGUUUACUCUGCUAGCGUAGAUGGCUUUGUGCGCACUUACGAUCUUAGAGCUGGACAGCUCCGUCAGGAUUACCUCGAUCACGCCGUCACUUCUGUUAAACCUACAUCGGAUAACUCCGCCAUCCUCGUCUCUACGCUGGAUAAUAAAGUGCGGUUGCUAGAUACGGCGACGGGAGAACUCCUCGCUACGUUCUCCGGUCACGCCGCUGAGAAGUUCAAAGCGGUUUCUACUUUCGGGCUUGGUGACUCGUCUGUCAUCAGCACCAGCGAGGAUGGCAGACUACUCGUAUGGGAUAUGCUGGAGAGUAGAAUAGUAUCACAGCACAAGUCACACGAGAAGGCGGUGCUUUACGUCGACCACCACCCCACACGCGAGGAAAUGGUUAGCAGUGGGAGUGAUGGUGUUAUUAAUUUCUAUAGCAGGUAG